UGUAACCGCACCGAGCUGCGAAGAAACACCAGAGAGGAUUCUUUUAUUCUUCUGACUUCAAUAGAAUCUGUUUCUACUGAGGAGGAAGAGGAGGAAGAGGAGGAAGACCAGUGUGAGCUGCUGGAUCCGGACUCAGACUCUCCUGUGUGACUCCAUGGCGGGUGUUUGAGCUCCUCCUCCUCGCUGCCUGACUCCAAACUGACAGAGGAGGUGAAGAUAAACCAGAUUAAAGAUGCUGAUCAAGGGGAGAGUCUUCUCCUCCUCCGCCCUCCUGUCUCCAGGACGGGAGAAGGCAGCGCUGCAGGUCAACCCUGCCGACGUCCCCGCCCUGGAGAUCAAACUGGGAGCACUGGUGGUCCUGCUGUCCGUCACAGUCCUGUUUGGAUUCGCCCCGCUCUGCAUCGUCCGAGGAGCGGGACGCUGCAGUGUGGAUUCAGAUUUGCGGCGCAGGCUGCUCAGCCUGAUCAGCUGUUUUGCUGGAGGAGUGUUCUUGGCCACCUGUCUGCUGGACCUGCUGCCAGACUACCUGCAGGGCAUCAAUGAGGCCUUCAGCAACGCUGGAGUCACACUCCAGUUCCCUCUGCCUGAGUUCAUCAUGGCCAUGGGCUUCUUCCUGGUCCUGGUCCUGGAGCAGAUCGUCCUGGCCUUCAAAGACCAAUCGUCGUCUCACUCAGAGGAGCGCCGGGCUCUGCUGGUGGAUUCCACCGUCCAGGCGAAUGACAGGAACAGUCGUCACCACUCCCACCGCCGCCAUGGCUCAGACGAGUCCGACGGCGGUCACUUCCACGUGGACUUUGGCUCCCAGUCUGCCCUGCGCGCCUUCAUCCUGGUCUUCUCGCUGUCUCUGCACUCAGUGUUUGAGGGUUUGGCGGUGGGGCUGCUGGAGGAGGGGAAGGAGGUGCUGGAGAUCUGCCUGGCGCUGAUGAUCCACAAGAGCAUCAUUUCCUUCAGCCUGGCCUUUAAGCUGAGUCAGGGACGGCUGCGGCGGUCGGUGGUGGCCGGCUGCCUGCUGCUGUUCGCCGUCAUGUCCCCGCUGGGCAUCGGUGCGGGCAUCGCCCUCACCGAGACCAAGGCGUCCCCACAGCACCAGCUGGCUCGCUGCACGCUGGAGGGGCUGGCAGCCGGAACCUUCAUCUACAUCACCUUCAUGGAGAUCCUGCCGCACGAGCUCAGCUCCGGCAAGAACCGCAUCCCCAAGGUGGCCAUGCUGCUGGUGGGCUUCGCUGUCGUCACUGCCGUGCUCUUCAUUAAAAUGUAACCAUGGAAACAGACAUCCAGCAAAAAUGUCAGAAAGUCAUAAAAGGAGUUUACACGUUUGACUGCCAGCGCCUCAUCUGCUGCCAUGUGACAGUGUUCAUCAUGAAAACAGGUCAGAAUCAGGCAUCCAUCUUUUCAAGGUCUUUAACAUCGAGUGAAAUAAUGAAAACGUGUUGUAGAAAUCAAACACGUGCAGGCGCUCGCGCAUGGUUUUUUCAUGCCAUUUAUAGACGUGACCUGACAUGGUGCGUUGGUAAAUUCAGUCUGACGCUCUACACUAAAAUGAGAGCCCUGUUGGUGGAAGAAACGCAGCGUUAUAUUUCUACAUGAAU